AAGGGUAGAAAGGGCCGGGCGGGGGGCGCGCAGCGGCAGAGCGGAGCGCAGGGCCCACGCUGCCGGCAUGGCUCUGGAUUUCCUGGCGGGAUGCGUCGGCGGUGCUGCUGGUGUGCUGGUGGGACACCCCUUUGACACUGUUAAGAUGACAGAUAAGCCUCAUCACGGGAGAGUUACCUAGUAAGUAUAGCCCAGGUGAACACUUCUGUUUCUCUCAGUCUUAAUUUAUUCCCAAAUGUAUUAGCUCAAGUAAAGAACUGAAAGACUUAUGAAGCUUUUUCCCUUUUUAAUUUUAAACUGAUGUGUCCCUCUUCUACAGCUAUGGCAUGGAGGGAGUGGGGUUUAAAUAUCCCCUUUUUUUUUUUAAUGUAGAUUUAUUCUGAACCUUCUUUCUGCUAUGCAUUUCUGGCUGUAUACACCCCCACACACAGUGCCUCUAAAACCAAAUCUCAAGCACACUGCUGUUGAGGUCUUAUCUACUACAUAUUCUUGGAUGAUGUUUUCAUUGCUCAAAUACUUCUGAAGUCACUGAUUUCCCACAUUAUGAAAUGCUUGGACUGUCCUGAGGAUGUAGUGCUUUGGGUUUAUUUAGUCUUGAGUGCCUUUAUGCAAGUCUUCAGUGAUGUGAAGUUACUUGGUGUUAUUACUGGACCAAAAACCUUAGUAACAGUGUUUUCCCAUAAGAAGGGAAGCUAGGUUAUUGGGCAAUGAAGGGAACAGGUGGAUAAACUUUGACCAAGAUUCAUCUUUCCUAUAGUUGCACACACUAAGGGUCUUGUUGAAUGUGGCAUUAACUCACAUGAAAAUGCAAAUUUUAUGUGCACUCAUUGCCAUAAAUGGCAGUUUGCUGAUGUGGGUACCUUUGUGUGACCAGCACUGUGCUCAAGAGAAAGAGGAUUUUCAUUCUUAGACCUGGGGAGUCAGUAUUCUGAAUAUUCUACCCUACAGCAAAGCUUAAUUGGUUAAUAUUUCAUAAAUUAUUUAGACAAAAAUAGAGGGAGCUGUAUGCCACUAGGAAAUUCAGCCCAUAGAUAUGGCUAAUUUUAAACUAUUCAGCACAAGCAGAAAAGAUAAAGUAAGAAGGUUUCUAAGCUGCAAAACCCCCAAAGCCAUUAUGUGUGGAAGUCACAGACAAGGUUUGAAACAAUGACAGUAAAUUUUAAGUGGAGUAAAACCUUUGUUUGUGCAAUUGUGACAGCUUGUUAAGAUUUGCCUUUGCUUGGGGACCUGCUUUAACAGUUUUGACAGUCUGUCUGCCCCCAAAAGUCAGUUGAAGUGACAGAAUUUAUUUUCUUUGAAUCCUACUGUAAGCCUGCUUUUAAUGCUGAGAUGUUGCAAGGCCCAAGGUGAUCUCAGCCUCCCACUAUGGCUAGCAUACACUAAGGUACAUGCUAAAACAACACUGAAAACUAAAGUUCUGAUUUACAAAGCAUGAAAUAACACGCUGUAGGAAAAACACUAAAACUGUCAAUUUCUUUUUGCUUUGAGGAAAGCUAACCUGAAUAUAGGAUUGUGACACACCACCUCCAUAAACUGAAACCACCUCCAUAAAUCUAGACACACAUAUGACAGUCUUUCAUUGCUGUGGUGGUGGGUUUUAUUACUUUAGGCAACCAUGAAAAAAAAAAAAUUAGGUUCAGGAAUCUUUCACAUAGAUGCAUUUUUUUUUCCUUUUGCUCAGAAUAAGAGACUGAAGCUUUUUGCCCUGGAGUUUGCUGCCCAGCACCAUUACAGGGUUGAUAAGCUUCUUUUCUGAAGAUCAUUGCAUCCCUCCAUGCAGAGAUCAAACACAAAUUUAUAACUUUAUCAAUCCAGUGAAAUCAACUGAUUUAAUUGAGUGUAGAGCUUUGUCUGAGUGUAGAGCUUUGUCUGAGCUAGGUAGAACUGAGACUUUUAAAGUGUGCUGAGGGCAAAUAAGCAUGAAAAAAACAGAAGUGAAAUUUUCCAUUAUAGGUUAAAAAGCAUCCAGAAAAGGGAUCUCCUAAGAGCAGCAGCUGCAAUAGCAUUUAUCUAUCCAGCAGAAUAUACUGUUUCAGUUUUGGAAAAGUUAAUUGAUUGCUAGCAUUUAAAGGUUUGAAGCAGCUACACCCUCACCAAUUGCUUGCAUUCAGCAGGCUAAAAAACUAAAACAGACUAAAAUUUAAAAGGACAAAUGGCUUUUUACUCCUUCCCUUUACUCCUGCCCAGCUACCCUCUGGGGGAAAAAAAAAUCAGAUACCAAUGAAUGGACACAAAUCUGGCAUUUAGAAACACUAUGGGUAUUGUAGAAAGAUUCCAUCCCUUUAAAAUUAUCCUAAUCUCAUGCUUGACUUGCAAAUAAUUUUUUAAUUAAAUGGUCUCAGGUUUGCACAGGUAUUCCUUAGUGUGAACAGAAGUAUUCUUGGCAGAUAAAGAAAGUCCCUAUUGUAGCCUGUACUGGAAAGCAUCUGUUUGAAAUUCUAGAUGUCAAUGUAUCCUUCCACUUAGUGGUUUGCUAAUAGUUCCAAGAAGUUAAUGAUCCUCUUCCCCUCAUGUUUUCACCCCCUAACUUAAUUGAAAACACAAGAUUAUUCAAAUUCUUGUGCCACCUAUGGCAUUCCAGUGUCCAGCCUGUGCUCUUGCAUAUGCAUUGCUAUAGAAAAUCUCCACAUAGGUACAAGACAGUAGCUUACCCUUUAGGCUGUUCCUGAUGUACAAAUUGGUGUCUCACACAACUUUUUAUAGGUCCGCCUGCAAGUUCAAAAUGUAGAGAAACCUCUCUACCGUGGAACUUUCCAUUGCUUUCAGUCCAUCAUAAAGCAAGAAUCUGCUUUUGGACUCUAUAAAGGGAUUGGGUCACCAAUGAUGGGACUUACGUUCAUUAACGCGCUGGUGUUCGGCGUGCAAGGAAACACCCUUCGUGCUCUGGGCAAAGACACUCCUCUGAACCAGUUCCUGGCAGGGUCAGCAGCUGGGGCCAUCCAGUGCAUCAUCUGCUGUCCCAUGGAGCUGGCAAAGACAAGGAUGCAGCUUCAAGGAACGGGAGAAUACAAACUGAAAACGAAGAACUACAAAAAUUCUCUGGACUGUUUGAUCAAAAUCUAUCAGAAGGAAGGGCUGAGGGGCAUCAACAGGGGCAUGGUCUCUACCUUCAUAAGAGAAACUCCAAGCUUUGGCUUUUACUUCCUCACCUAUGACUGCAUGACUCGGUAUUUGGGCUGUGAAGCUGAGGACAGUUACGUUAUUCCCAAGCUACUGUUUUCCGGGGGGAUGUCGGGCAUUGUGUCCUGGCUCUCCACCUACCCCAUGGACGUGAUCAAGUCGCGGCUCCAGGCCGACGGCGUCGGGGGCGUCACGCAGUACAGCGGCAUCCUGGACUGCAUCCGCAAGAGCUACCACGAGGAGGGCUGGAGGGUGUUCACCAGAGGGCUCACCUCCACGCUUCUCCGUGCUUUUCCUGUCAAUGCAGCCACCUUUGCCACCGUCACUGUGUUCCUGAUGUACAUGAAGUCAGAGGACAACCUUCCUGAAUGUGAGCCGGCUCCGGUAAUCCCUCAGCCUUCCAGUUUGUGAGCCUUCUCUCCUUGUUCUCCCCAUCCAAAGCCCAGCUGGUUGGGUUUGUGAAACACGAACACUUGACCCCCACAGGUAGUAUAGAUUUAUGCUAUCUGUAUAAAGGAUUCCUAACUGUAUCAAAUUAGGAUUUCAUCUCACUACUUGUAUAUGCAGCAUUUUGCCUUAUUCAGGACUCCACAUUUAAUAGUAUUCAAGUAAGAGGGGGACCUGCCCUUAGAAAGUUGCUGUUGUAGCUCCAGAAGAAGCUCUGGAGAGUGUUCUAGCACCAGAAAUCAAGUUGUGUUUCACUCAGGUUCUGAAUGACUGAGUUGAGUUGAAUGCAGAAAUGUUUUCAUGAAAGAAAUACUCAUUUGGUAUGUGACAGAAGUCAGUGUACUCCUCUAAGUUGAAGAAGGGGAAAGAAGUUUAGUGGUGGAGGCAUUUUGCAGGUAACCCUGAACUGUAAAAGCAUGGACUAGCAUUCAGCUAGCCCUGUAUUUUAGUUUUCCUUUGCUUUUAUAUGUCAAUGGUUUUAGUAGCAACUUUGUUCAUACUGAUUUGUAAAAACAAACAAAAAUAUUUGUACCUAGGUUACUCCCUGACCUUUCAGCUUUGAAUAAAUGUGUUAAGCACAAAGUCAGCAUCUGCACUCAAAUGCACUUGUUCCUUAAAUCUCAAGGCUUGUAAGGACUCAAAUCUAGUAGGACUGGUGUUGUUUGCCCUCACCUCUUUCUCAUUUGGUGGGUGCACAGACUGCAUUGAGCAGUUCAGUCUAAUGGACUUUGUUCUCUGAAGUUAAUGCAACUUUGCACCACUUCUCCCAACAUGCCCCAUAGCAGCCAGUGAUGUACAGAAGUCAAAGUCCUGCCUGUGGUAUUGCACAAAAUGUUUUUGGGUGCAAUGUUGGCUUAGCAGCCUGAAGUAUCUUAGAAACACGUACAUAUCUAGGACUGGAGGUUUCAUACCUUUCCAGAAAACAGCGGUGUAAGUGUCUGAAAUGGUUACUGUUCAAUACACUUGCAUUAUGAAUUUAAACAAUACUGAUUUUUAUGUAUUUAGUUACAGUGCUUUUUCAGUGGAAAGAAGACUGAAAAGUGUUUUAGAGAAUUUUCUUGUUACAUUAAUCUGUUGUAUUUUUUUUUUCACCAGUCUGUUCAAGAAGAAUUGAAUUAGCCAAAGAGCUACAAACAGUUAUUUAAGAUUUGAGCUAAAAGCUACACAUAUUUGGCACAGAGAGCCAGGAAGAAGGACUGUAUAUGUGUGAGCAAUGUUUUAAAACAUAUCAAACUAGUAAGUACAACUUGUUACACUUUUGGUUGGGACAAGUGCAAUAUGUGUUUAAUAUAUAUGAAUUUUCUAGAGAAGCGUUAUUUCAUAGCAUUUUGCACUGUAACAAAAUAUGCUGGAGAAACCUGUAAAAUUGGUAUGUCUUUUUAUACCUUGAAGGUAUGGUGGAUGUUUUAGUGCCUACUUGCACUGAGAUUCAAAUUGAAUGUUAAAUCUGUCUACUAAGCUGCCUAUGCACAACAAAUCACAGCAAAGACCAUUUACACCUUUGUACAGAAGUAUAUCAAUUCUUGUGUAUAUAUAUUGAGGGAAUAAAUUUUUUUAAAAUUUUGCCUUUGA